GGGAGUACAUCACAUGCUAGUCUAACCAAGGUCAAUAAGGCUCCUCCAUAACCCAACCUUGAUUUAUGUGCUGGGGAUUGAGCAUUUGACUCCUGAGAGGGCGCCUCACCGUGGAGCAGCAAGAACCCGCCCGUCCGCCGCCCUGUUUGGUGCACCUACCAUUUCCGACGCGCCUCCCAGCAUCCUACACUCUCAUUGUAGUCUCAGGUGCUUCCAGUCCCUGUAAUGUACUUAGCUUUUUACCCUUUCUCUUGAUUCUAUAUUUAUUGUGUUGUACAAGUCAAAGUUUUCAUGGCAAAUCUUCCUUUUAGAAGAUUAGUCUUCUAUCUCCAUAAACGAUUUUACAAUGCUCUCUCAUCUUCCAAAACCCUUAAAAGUUCGGCAAUUAAGGAUAAUAGAAUGACUGAAACUAGAAAUAAUAGACAAAUUAAUACUAUUAAUUGUUCUAAUUCAACCUCAAAUCAAUCUUUUUGUGUUGAAUACCUUACUAAUUCAUGUGGGCUUUCUUUACAUUCUGCUAUUUCGAUUUCUAAAAAGGUUAAGUUGGAAGACAAGAACAAACCACACUUUGAUUCUGUUGUUUCUUUUUUCAAAUCCCAUAACUUUUCUGAUGCCCAUAUUGUUCAACUAAUUGAAAAGCGCCCUGCUGUUCUCCAUUGUAGAAUUGGAAGUAAUAUUGAGCCAAAGAUUCAUUUUCUUCUGGAAAAUGGAUUCCAGGGUUUGCUUCUUCCAGAAUUUGUUGUUUCUGCCCCUGAUAUUUUUUAUAGGAGUUUAAAUAAUCAAUUGAGGCCAAUGAUGACAUUGCUUAAGAAAGUUAUAAGUUGCCCUGAAAAGAUACUAUUGGCUGUUAGGCGCAGGAAAUGGAUUGUAGGUGCCGAUAACGAACAAAUGCAACAAAACUUGGAUUACUUGAUUGAACAAGGGGUAUCCAAGCAAAGAGUUGAGGCGCUGCUUGUUUGGGAGCCUGUUUGCAUGUGUGUAGAUACUUCCAGAGUGAAGUAUGGAGUUGAAAAGCUGAAAACAAUGGGUAUUUUGCCAUCUAAUACAAUGUAUGUACAUACCCUUCGCGUGAUCUUGUAUAUGACCAAGUUUUCUUGGGAGAGGAAAUUGAAGGUUUUUGAGAAUUUAGGGUGGUCUUAUGAUGAUUUUAUAUCAAGUUUUAAAAAGAAUCCAUAUUGUUUGGGUUAUUCUGAGGAGAAACUUAAACAAUCUGUGGAUUAUUUUGUGAACACCGUGAAGCUUGAUAGGGAAAUUAUUGUUGCUAAUCCUCAGUUGCUUGGAUAUUCACUUAAGAAAAGGAUAGUUCCUAGGUACAUUAUAUGGAAGGUUUUGGAAGAGAGGAACCUGAAUCCUUCAAAGCUCGUUUGGAUGUUUUAUAUAUCGGAAAAGGUCUUUCUUGAGCGAUAUGUUGCUAGGUAUUUUGAUACGAAUCCAGAUCUCUUGCGAAUCUAUCAGACCAGCAAGGAGAAGCCCAUCACCUACCAGUCUUGUUAGAAAAUGAAUAGAUUGCUCCUAAUGGCAGUAUUGCAAGGGUGAUUGUAGCAUCUUUGACAAUUGUUACUUUUGCGAUCCUUCUGCUUCUGGUUGAUGUUUUUCAUGGGCCGCGUGGGGCUACGAGCUUGGUUAGUGAAUGUUAAUUUCAGGCAUAGAAUGUUCUACGCCUUGGAUGAAAAAGGGGGAGGGGGUCGUGGGAAGGCAGUCCAUGAUUUUUGUUUCAUUUGUUCUUUUAUGAGAGGAUAGCUCAUAAAUCAAAGCAUUCUUUAUGUGUGUUGCUGAACUUAUUCAAACUGUAUGAACUUUAAGUGAUUACUCUUGCUAAUGAAGCUUCUAAUUUUAUUUGCCAUUGGCAUGAUGAAAUAGGAGAGGAUGAAUAUAAAACUAUUUUGGGUAUGUAAUGUUAUGUUUGUUUGUUUAUACUUUUACUCAAGUCAUGUAUACGAUUUCAUUGCGGCCAGUUUCCUGCUUAGAUUGAUAUCAGCUGUCAAGUAGUGUAGGCUACUGUUUGUUUUAUCUCUUAUGUCACAUUUUUUAGUGCAAGGUUGGCUAAGGGAAGGGAAGGGAGCAUCGAAACAAGGACCUGGGAAAAGUGAUACAUUCUACAUCUGAAACAAGACGUGAUUCUCUCUUAUAUAAGUACUUAAAAUUGUGUUUUAUUGGGCCUUAGUUGGAUAUGAGCAGGCUCUACUUAUUUUUCUUGUGAGUUGUGACCUUUUAUCAGGUAUUGAUGAGCUAUUAGCAUAAUAUACAUAGAAAGUUAAAACAAUAGAUGUAUUUCAGAAAAUAUAUAUUGUAUUUUGCCUUUGUUUCCUGUUUCUCGGUGAAGA